AGAGUUUUACCAGUUUCACGUUUCCGCUUUGAUUUCGCAUGUUGAUUUUUGCAGGACUGUCAAAUAUCUCUCACGAGCAUGUAUUGGCCAAGAGCCACUAAACAUAUAGCUAUAUGGUCCACUAAAACUGGCAGUAAUGUUACAGUGUAGCCCUCAUUAAAAAUGGCAGCAGUAGCUGGAGUGAGGGCUCUCCUUAGCCUCCGUCAAUCAGUGAUGUUGCAGCGCAGCUUUGGGUUAAUUCCACUACAGUUGACAUCAGCCUGCCUUCCCAGGAGGUUUUGCAGUGCUCCUACAAGAAGUAAUGAGCUGCCAAAGCCACAGAUUACCCCAGAGAAUGAAUCUCUGCUGGAGAAUCUGAAUCUCAUGGGAGUUGAUGUGAAGAUGGCACGCCAGCGUCAGCCUGGGGUGCUUCGUAAAGUCUUCACUAAUGAGCAAGGUCUCGCUCAGUUUCUGCAAAGUAAAGGUGCCAGCCGCAAAGUAAUAGCCGGCAUCAUAUCCCGUUAUCCCCGUGCUAUCACCCGCUCAAUAGAACAUUUGGAGCAGCGCUGGGAGCUGUGGAGAAACAUCUUCAAGACUGAUGAAGAAAUUGUGAGCAUCCUGGAUCGCUCACCUGAGUCUUUCUUCCGGUCCAGUGAUAAUGGGAACUUGGAAAAGAACAUAGCUUUUCUGACCUCGCUGGGACUGAACACUAAAGACCUCCAUCGGCUACUGACCACAGCGCCGCGGACAUUCUCUAACAGUUUAGAGCUCAACAGGCAGAUGGUGGAGUUUCUGGAAGACAUCUGUGUCAAACUUGGUGGGAAGAAUCCAGAGCAGUUUCCAAAAGCCGUCAUAUCCAGAAACCUUUAUAUUCUAAUCCGAAGCACUAAGAGAGUCAAGACAAACAUUGAUAUCCUGAGAGCUUCUCUUAAGUUGAGCAAUUCAGAACUGCUUGCUCUUCUUCAAGGCCCUGGAGCAGAGAUACUGGACCUUUCCAAUGAAUAUCUGAAAAAGAAUUUUAACAGUCUCCAACAAAAGAUGGUUUUACUUGGCUGUCGGAAAGCUGACAUAAAAAAACUCAUCAUCAGCUAUCCAAUGGUUCUGUACAUUGGGCCAGACACGCUGAGCUCUAAACUAGACUGUCUCGUAAAAGGAGGAAUAACAAUGAAGCAGAUACUGGAAAAGCCCAAAGUUUUAGACUACAGCACACAGAACAUUACAGGGCGACUAGAGGAGCUGCAGAGAGUAGGAUAUGACUUCCAGAAGAAUGGCAUCAACAUCCUGGACUCUAGCCGAAAGCGGUUUGUUGCAAAGAUAGAAAGGCUUAGUGCCUCACCAGACGACUAGUCUGGCUCAGUAGCCACUUUCUGACCGGAAGGAUUUUUGCAGUUCCUAGAACACAACGUUCCUAGAACCCUUUUUUUCUCCUGUUCCGACUGGACCAAUUUGGGGA